AUGGCGCGCAGGCUGCUCUCCCCCUCGGCCUCCACCUCCGCCCGCUUCCUCCUCUCCCGCCACCUAUCCUCCGCCCCUUCUUCCUUCCCGCGCGGCGGCGCCCCGGCGGCGCUGAUGGACAUGCUGCGCCCGGCGGCCGUCGCCCCCCAAUCCUUCCAUCAGCUGAUCCGCAAUGCUGUAGGUGCACCACCCCUCUCCCGCUCCAGCUUCUUACACACGAUCUGCGGUGCUACGUUUCCUACUGGUUGCUCAAAUUUGGUGAUGGCUGAAAUUGUGCGUUCGCCGCUGGUUGUUUCUUUGCAGGGGAUAUCGACCACGAGGAGCCUACUUGCUGAUGAUGAUGCAAUGGUCCCUGUUUCUUCCCCGUUGUCGUCGCCGUUGGGGGCUGCGGAAGGGACCGACAACAAGGGAGCAGUGGUGAAGCGGACGAAAGUCCAAGCCAUCAAGAAGGACAUCAAGCAGAGCCCCAAGAAGGUAAAUCUGGUAGCCAAGCUGGUUCGAGGAAUGCGCGUGGAAGAUGCCCUUUUACAGUUGCAAGUGACGGUUAAAAGGGCCGCGAAAACAUUGUACCAGGUUAUCCAUUCUGCUCGUGCGAACGCAGCUCACAACCAUGGACUGGAUGCAGAUAAACUUAUUGUGGAAGAGGCUUUUGUGGGAAAAGGACUUUAUCUUAAGAGGUUGUCUUACCAUGCCAAAGGGAGGUGUGGUGUCAGGGAGAGACCUAGGUGCAGGCUGACGGUGGUGGUCAGAGAAGCCACAGCCGAGGAGGAAGCCAAGAUUGCGAAACUCAGGGUCAUGAACUACAAGAAGCUCACCCGGAAGGAGAAGCAGCUCAUGCCGCACCGGCUUAUCGAGGUCAGCCCCAAGUGGGCUCGCAAAAGGAAAGAGGAGGAGGAGGCUGGUGCUUCAGCGUAG